AUGGUUAUAUUUAAAAUCAUCUUCACUACGAUGAAUAUUUAUAUAAUAAUUACGAAUACUAUUUACACAGAAUCAUUAGAAUUUUAUUGCAGAGACAAAGACCGGUUGAUUGUUUCGGAUACCUUGGACGAGUAUCUGUUAGUUGAUGCUGUGCUUGGCUCAACUAUAAGACUUCAUCAAGAGUCGAGUAACAAAGAAGCAAGACUGUGGUACGUGCAAGACAGAUUUAAAGAUUUUGCUGAAGUUGAAGUUCAAUUCGAUAUGAACAAUAACGCGUCUUACGAUCGUAUUCACUUGACUUCGGAUUUUGAUCUGGUUUUUAUGAGCUUUGAAAAGGAAGAUGCUGGAAUUUAUAGAUGUCAUGGACAAUUGGGAGAGGAUGUAGAAAAUAAAUUUAAUUAUCGGCUCGAACCGAUUUUUGAAAGAAAUCAAACUCGUGAUAAAAUUCAUUAUGGAAAUUUGACAGAUUAUGAAGAAUAUAGACAAAUAAAUUUAGUUCCUGUAGCUCAUAGAUUUGCUGUAUCAUUAAUGAAGCCUCUGGCAAAGAUACGCGAAGCUGGAAUAAUUCUAGAAGAACCAAUAUUAAAAAAUGGAGACUUUGAAUUUUUCUUCACAAGAUCUCCGCUGCUGCCUUGCAGGUCGGUCUUGUUAAAUUUCCUGUUUCCAGCAGUAAGCGCAGCGGUGAGAAAUUUACCAGAAUUUUUAUUAGAACAACCGUGCGAUAAUUGCAAGAAGAAGAAGAAAGCUAGGAAAGACAAAUUUAAGUACAAAAAGACGUUGACUUUGAUGGAGGGCGAGCAUUUUUCGAUAGGGUGUCCUGACGCAGAUGUGGACUCGGUUGUCGUCUGGAGAAAAGACGGGCUCAUUAUGAAACCGGGGAUCAAAACAGUGUACAGUUUAUUUGAGAAUGAAAAUGAACAUCACGCCCACGUUGAUCCUUUUUUGACGCUCUAUCUCGUCCAAGUUACUCAAAAUGAGAAGGGCAAUUACACUUGUUACAUCGACGGUGAGAAGAUUUUGCAGCUUAGGAUUUAUAUAAGAUCUAAUGAAGUCUUUUUUACGCCAGCUUUUCUUCGACACAUGAAGUACUUAGGAUACGUGCUACUAAUAGCGUUCUUCGGCUACUGCGCAGGAGUCUUCAUACUCUGGAGAAACCGGCACAAGUACCCGAAAUAUACCUUCGAAAAAUUCAUGGAAGAGCGUGAAGUUAUGAUGAACAAGUGGAUCGUCUGUUUUCUAGCGAUUACCAUCCUAGGAUUAAAAACUGUCGACGGAAAGCUACGGAGAUGUGUCAACUGCAGGUCGAGAGGAGACCUCGGCUCGUGUAAGGAUCCUUUCAAGUUGAACGUCACACUUAUUGAAAAGGAACAUGGAGUUGAAGCUAUUCCUUGCGCUUCUGGCUGGUGCGGAAAAAUUAUUGAGUCUCCUAAUUUAAACAAUGAGUACGGUACAGCAACACAAAGAAUGUGUUUACAAAGAGGACCUGAUGACAAUGAAGAAAGAUGUGCGUACACUUUGAAAAAUUACAAAAAAGUUUUCAUGUGCUUUUGUCGCGGAGAUUUAUGCAAUAGCAGCUCGUCGACAACCCCCAAACUUAUCUUCAUUGUUGGUCUUCUUCUAUUGCUAGUGUCGCGGCGAUUGGUGUAG